AUGGUAAAUACGAAUCAUUUUCAAGGUGGAACAAUUACAUAUAAAAUAGUAAAUACUUAUGAAUCAAAUGUAUCAAUCAUGAUUACACAAAUAUAUUUAUAUAAAUGGCCAUUAAUUUAUUGUGAUAAUUCUUAUAUAUUAUCACAAAGCACACCCAAUAUGACUGAUUUUAGUGAAUAUAAUUAUACACUUAAUUGUGUAGCCAAUUGUACAACAGCAGGUGGUUAUAAACCAGUAUUAAUAAGAACAUAUUGUACAGAUUAUUCUUCUGCGAUGGCUAUCAGUGUUACAGCACGGACUGAUAUAGUUAAUCUAACACUUGGAGCUUAUUUUAUAGUUGCUUUUAGAUCAACAGCUUGGCGACCACUAAGUCUUCCAAAACGAGAUAUAUCUGAUAAAGUUUGGAGUGUUUCAUGUACUAUAAAUCUAAGUAUACGGUUCGAUACGGGGAAAUUAAAUACACCACCUGUUACAAAUAUGAUAUCACCUAUUUAUAUUCCUGUCGGAGUUCGAACAUCAUUGAUCAUACCAACUAUUGAUAGUGAUAAUGAUGUAGUACGAUGUCGUUUUGCGACUACAGUUGAUGAAUGUGCUGAUGCAUGUCCAUCAAAUUCUCUUCCAAAUGAUACAGUUAUCGUAUCUUCAAAUUGCACAUUGUUUAUUACUGGUAUCAAAGCUGACGAUUGGUAUGCUGUUGCUAUUCAGAUUGAAGACUUCGCUGAUUUAAAUUCAACUACUCCAUUAAGUUCUGUACCUGUUCAAUUUCUUAUUAAUGUCUAUGCCUCACCGAAAUGUCUUGUUGCUCCUAUUCUUGAUGGUUCUUCUAAUCAAACAGGAAUAUAUGAAAGUGUACAAGUUGGUCAAUUACAUUCAAUGACACUUUAUGCUAUAAAUUAUUGCACACUCUAUAGUGUUACAAUUAAAGAUAUUGCUACUUUAUCAUUUCCUAUUGUCAUUAAAAGUAAUAUUACUCAAAUCUCAAGUCUGUUGUAUUCCGUUACUUUGACUUGGACACCGACAGAAAGUCAAGUUGGUUCACAAAUUCUUUGUGCUGUUGCAAUUGAUAGCCAAAAUGUUCAAUCAAAUCAAUAUUGCACUGCUUUUAUAGUUAAUAUGAACAGUACUGCAGUAUAUCCUGGAGAACUAUCAGAAAUGACAGAAUAUUCCACAUCGACGACAAUACUCACUACCACUGAUAUAACAACAACAACUGGUAGUACAAUAACGCCGGUCUCUGAAAAUACGACUACUACAAGCGCAGCAGUUACUAUUAAUACUACAACAAAUAAUAGACAAAAUAACUAUGCUAUUACUUAUACUACAAUACUUAUUACCGAAACUACAUUUAACUCUAUUCCAUUUACAGCAGCUAAUACUGAAAGUAUGAUUGAUAUUGAUAAAAUUACAACAGAUACUACACAAACUACGAUGUUUGUUACCGAAAGUACACCUAGUAUCAUUCCAUUUACAAUAGUUACUACGGAAAGUACGUCCAGUAUCAAUCAGAUUACAAUGGUACCUGCGCAUAAUACCAUAAUCAUAACUGAAAGCACAAUGACCACUACUGACACAACACUAAUGACUACUGAAAACAUAUAUGUCAACGUUCAAAGUACAAGUAUUACUACAGUAAACAACAAUUUAGUUUUAACCAGCAGUACACCUACAUUAAAUAUGAUGUUACCAUCAACAGACAUCCAAAUAUCAUCUACAAGUACUCAAGAAAUAUCUGAUCAUUUUACAUCAUCUGUUGAUAAUACUACAACACUUUUCAGUGCAAGAAAAAGUACAACAGAUACUAGUUCAAAAAUGAAUACUACCAUUUAUACAACUACGCCUUUGCCAUUAAACGAAUGGAUAUUAUUGUUACCUCUAAUUGUGGCUCUUGCUAUAUUAUUGGUUCUUGUUUGUUGUUUAUGUUUAUGUUGUUCACCACCUUAUGGCUUAGGAUUAUUAUUUCCAAGACAUAACCGUGUCAGAUCAGAACCGAUACUUAUCAAUAGUUACAUUUAUCGAACACCAACAAUGUAUAUAAUUUCCAAAACAUUAGAAAAAGAUUUGGUUUUUACCAAUAGAAAUAAUAUGAAGAGUUCAGUACGAUUAAAAAGUAUAAUUAAAUCUGAUAUAUAUUUGGAUGCAUCAUCAUCAAUAGCUGGAAAAUAG